AUGCUACAUGAUUUGGAUAGGCAGAUGACACACUGCUUCUCUGAUCUAUUAGAAGCAUUGAAACCGCCACUGAGGGGACAAUCCGACAAUACGCUAACUAGCAAAGUAUCUGAAGCUGCGCAUAGGGAUCAAUCUACGGUGUGCUUACCAGUGACGCAUCCCCAGUUCCCGAUACCCGACACUAGCGGUGACAACCUGGGUGAUAUCCAGGGAGAUCAAUCUGAACUGUCUCUCAUUGUCCACUCAGCUACUACGGUAACAUUGCUACGGCCCCCACAGCACACAAUCCCGCAGCACACACUUGGCCCCAAACCGGGUCUUGGCGUGAUAGAGGCGCACGGCCUGCCUUUGUCCCUAGACUGUAUGGAGGUGACUAGUGACUACGGGAGAAGAAUGGAGUCUGCACUGUUGUUGCUCUCACAAGCGGGUCCCCAUCACUCGGCUCUUCUAACCGGACUUCUGCACAAGUAUUUCCCUAUAUAUGAGAGCGUGGAAUAUGCUGCAAGAGAGAGAGGAGACUGGGCAGCGACCAUAACAUUUCAGUCUCCCACAUUGAAGCCGAGGCGAUCACUCAUCGCAGAUACCGCUCUGUCUCAGGAUCUAAAGUUUGUUAAUCCCUCUGAUGGAAAUAUGCUUAUCCGCUCUGGCAUAGGGUUGGCUGGAGCAAAGAUUAUUGUAGAUGAUUGGCUGGACAGUUACAAGCAGGAACGUGAGUCUGGUCUUCUAGAACUCAUCAACUUCUUAAUGCAGUCAUGUGGCUGUAAAGGUGUGGUGACUCAGGAGAUGUUGGAACAUAUGCAGAAUGCAGACAUCAUACGUAGGAUGACAGAGGAGUUUGAUGAAGAUACAUCAGAUUAUCCUCUGUCUCUCAGUACACUGCCAUGGAAGAAGUUUCGCUUAAAUUUUGGGGAGUUUAUAGAGACCCUUGUGAGCCGCUGUCAGUAUAACAUCAUUUAUGAUGAGCUUCUCAUGGAUGCCUUCAUUUCUCUGCUUACUGGCUUGUCUGAUUCUCAGGUCCGAGCCUUCCGUCACACCAGUACAUUUGCAGCAAUGAAAUUGAUGACCGGUCUGGUGAAAGUGGCACAAAAUUUGAGUGUUCACCAAGAGACAAACCAACGUCAGUAUGAUGUAGAGAGAGCCAAAAUUCCAGUGAAAAUGGCACCAGAAAGGCUGGAGACUCUUCUAGAAAAGAGAAAAGAGCUGCAAGAGAAUCUGCAAGAAAUAGCAAAUAUGAUGAACGGCAUCUUCAAAGGAGUAUUUGUACAUCGUUAUCGUGAUACAGUUCCUGAAAUUCGUGCUCUUUGUAUGGAGGAGAUAGGUGUGUGGAUGCAUACUUACAGCAAGUCCUUUCUGAAUGACAGCUACCUUAAGUAUGUUGGGUGGACUCUUCAUGACAAGCAGGGACACGUCAGAUUACAGUGCAUCCGCAGCCUGAAGGGACUAUAUAGUGUACCAGAGAUGGCAGCCAAAAUGGAACUUUUUACCAGCAGGUUCAAGGAGAGAAUGGUAUCUAUGGUUCUAGAUAAAGAUCAACAAGUUGCAGUGGAAGCAAUAAAAGUUCUUGGUCUUAUUUCUCAGAAUAUGGAAGAUAUUUUGAAUACUGAAGACUGUGAGAGUGUUUACCCCUUGGUGUAUGCUUCGAGUCGAGCAUUGUCGUCUGCAGCAGGGGCCUUUCUUUAUCAGAGGUUACUGGAUAUAAAAAGCAAUGAGCUGAGUCCUAAGGAUAGAAGCCGUCGUGAAUCUAAUGCUUUAUUUUUCAGACUGCUAGUGACAUUCUUUAUUGAGAGUGAGUUCCAUGAACAUGCUGCUUAUUUGGUAGACAGCCUCUGGGACUGUGCUGCAUCCCAGCUCCGAGACUGGGAAUGUCAGACUGACCUUCUUGUGGUUGAAAGUCUUUUCAUAGGUCUGGAUAAUAGGGAAGAGAUUGCUGUGAUUGAAAUAAUGGUAUCUGCCAUGAGACAGGCCGUGGAAGGAACGUCUCCAGUAGGCAGAGUUCCAGUCAGGAAAGUGGUAUCUGUUAAGGACAAAAAGAUUCAAUCAGAGGAUAAAGUAAGACUCACCCGUCAUAUGAUUCUAAUCCUACCUCAGCUCCUAGCAAAGUUUUCUGCUGAUGCUGAGAAAAUGAUAACACUUUUGAAGGUGCCUGGUUUUCUUGAGCUGGACCUGUAUUGCACAGAAAGACUGGAAAGGCACCUUGACCUACUUUUGGCACAGGUGCAUGAUGUCCUUGAGAAGCAUACAGAACCUGAUGUGUUAGAAGCAUGUUCCCGGGCUCUAUACAUCCUGUGUGAUAAAGAGCAGACAUCAUAUAGGCGCUCAGACAUCGCUCGCAGCCACAUGCUGGACCAACUCACGGAUCGCUUCUUUCAACAAAUUCCAGAUAUUCUUCAGUCAUCUGAUUUAGAUGAGGAUGAAGUUUAUAACACUGCAGCAACACUAAAGCGACUGUCAGCACUUUAUAGUGCUCAUGACCUUAGUCGAUGGGAGCUGUUUGACCCUUGUAGUCGCAUCUUACGCAGAGGGAUAGACACAGGUGAAAUUUCUGAACAGAUUGUACUUCCUGCUCUUACAUGCUGUCACUUUUCCCUUAUGUGGGAGCUCUCACACUUAUCCAACUCCAACGCCACUCAGGAUAAGUUGGACUCUCUAAGGAAAAAAAUGUGCUUGUUUUGUGAUAUUUGUCAGAGCUGUCUGUCUGACGUAAAAGUAACAGUGAGAGAGCAGGCUUUUAUACUCCUAAGUGAUCUUCUUGUAAUAUUUGGAGGUCACAUGGGUCGUGGAAAUCAAUCUCAUCUGCAAAUUCUUGUGUAUCGUCCUGAACCUCCUCUCCAGGCUGAGCUUGCUGGAUUUCUAUUGGAUCAUGUAUUUAUAGACCAUGAAGAGAAGGAGCAAGGAGGUGAGAAGGAAUUGACUGAGACCCAACAAAUAUUUCUUCUGCAUCACAGGCGAAACCUGCUAGCUGGUUACUGCAAGCUAAUCCUUUAUGGCGCAUUACAGCUACACUCUGCAAGUGAAGUCUUCCGACAUUAUGCUAAGGUGAGAGCAGAUUAUGGGGAUCUCAUUAAAGAGACUCUGCACAGAUCACGUAGUAUUAACAAAGAAGAAAGUACAAGAGCUGUACUGCUGAGCCUGACUCAGGCAUACACAAGCCAUUGCCUAGAGGGCAGCUCUCCUCCACAACGUACAUCGCGCUUUCUCCUUGAAAUACGGGAACUCGCCAGACAGUUUGCUCUCCUCUUUGGACCAGACCAACUACGGAUCCGUCAAGAUAUUGUACUCCUGCACAAGGAGGGCAUCAAAUUUUGUUUGAGAGACCCCCAAACCCCAGGAAAACGGUCUCAGAACCUGAGAUUUUUAGAUAUACUGAGCGAGUUCUCUCCUAAGCUAAUAAAGCAGGACAAGAGGGUGAUCUUGGAGUACCUGGAGCAAACCUGCAAACAGUACCUUCCACCACAAAUUUCAGAUGAUGAUUACCUUUUGAGCCCCCUUUUGGCCUAUAAGCGUUCACUUGGUACAGAUAGUGACACCUCUGUUACACCAAGCCAUGGUGCGACCCGCAGAAGUGGGGCAAGGAGCAGAGGGCAACGCAAGAGGCCCAAGAUCUCCCCACCCAGAAAGAAAAGGAGGACAAAUGAAGGUGAGAAAAUCAAAAGUAAUACAAAAACAAUAGUCUUUAAAGAGCAAGAUAUAAAAGCUUGGUCAGCUAAGGAUCCUGCAACUUUACAUGGUUACCGCCUGAAAAGGUCCCAAAGAGAAAUUUUCAAACACUGUUUGGCCUCUUCCAUCUAA